GUUCGAGGAGACGCUUUGUGGCGCUAUAAAAUCGAUAAUGACAUCACUCUCAAAGCAGCGUGACGUCAUUAUUCGCGCAAUUUUUCGCUAUCAUUUUCGAGGUAGGGCAGCAAAUGCUAUUAGCGCUAAUUGGCGCUUAUUCUUUCCUCGAACGCUCGAUUGUGCUUUAAAGUGUUAGUCUAUGAUCUGUUCUUUUUAACUGCUGUUCUUUCCACCAAUUACAACAGUGCAACCAGAAAGAACAAACCAAUUGCGUCAAAAGUCAAAUAAAAACAAUUUAUUAAACUGUGAGAAACUGUAUUCACAAUGGCUCAACCACUUAGUUAAAUAUCUGAAAAUGUCGAAAUUCAUCUUUUAGAUGAAAACGAUGUGACAUACACAAUAAAAGUAUCGCCAAAUGAUGCAGCGCGUGCAGAAAAUGAUACGAUAUUUACUACUUAUCUUCUAGAAAGAGCAAAAUCACAAGAUUCAGAUUUUGAUGCAGCAAGUCUGUCAAUGGAGUCUUCCAAUUCUGAGGAUAAUAAUGAAUCAAUGUUUAAAUGGUCUCAUGCGGCAAUUCUAUUGCUGGUAGAAAAGUAUCGGCUGCAAAAAAAUAACAUUGUAUCGGGUAAAAUGUCCCAGAAAAAAGUAUGGAAUAAUAUUGCAUCAGUAUUAUUUGUUAAAGGCUAUAAUGUCACUGAACCUCAAUGUCUUUCAAAAUUUCACGGAAUGAAACGAACUUAUAAAUCUAUAAAAGAUCACAAUAGCAAAUCAGGGAAUAAUCUUAGAACAUGGCCUUAUAUGGAAGUCAUGGAAUCUUUGCUUGGUGAACGAUCUAUUAUGUCAUCUCCAGCAAUAGCCUCUUCAAGCAGUAUGUGUUCUAAUUCUAGAUCUAAUAGAGAAUCUAACUUAUCAAAUGCAAAUAUAUGUAACAAUGCAAACUCAAGUAAUAAAAAUUUAAGCUAUUCAAAUUGUCGGAAGCACAAGGCACAAGAAAGUACAUCAAACAUUGCUGAAUCAAUUUUACAAAGUCGGAAAUUGGCUGAGAACAAUAAUGAUCAGAGGCACAAAGAAAACAUGGACUUUGAAAAGCAAAUGCUAAAAUUCAUGGAACACCUGUUGUAUCAUCUGCAGCAACUUGACGAGGAAUAUCAUUAUCUACUUCAUUAUUUAAUAAAACAAUGUCAAAAUCAUCAUUUCUUAGUAUACAAAUAUUAUGCAUGACACAACAAGUACCAAAUGCUCUUUCAAUGGCGAUUCGUGCUGAAGAAUGGCAGAAAUUAUAAUUUUUUUGUCGUUCAGUCAAAUGACCAUUAUCACGAUAUGGAACCAUUAAAUUAUCAUGAAUUUUAUAUGCAGC